AGUGAUAAAAAGCCGGGAAUUUGAAAAAAUAGCGUAACUGAAUAAUCCCACCCCUUCAGAUCUUCUUUAUAACUUCCCUCUUCCUUCUCUUCCUUCGAGCUUUUCCAUCAUUCUCGCAAAAUCACCACACAGAGAGAGAGGAGAGGAAGGGCGUUUGAAGGAGAGUUUUCUUGCGCGGCAAUCAGUUCAAGUGACUUCAGUUCUUUUUCCCCUGAGAACUUUAUAAUUCGCUCCUGAAAACAGAGGUUUUUCAGAUUUCACUGCGAAGAUGAACGAUCUCAUGACAAAGUCGUUCUUAAGUUAUGUGGAACUGAAGAAACAGGCAAGGAAGGAUAUGGAAUCUGGAGAAGAACACGACAUCGAGAAGGGGGAAUUCAAUUUCAGCCCUGCAGAUGAGCAGAACCUCUCGGGAUUCUUCCAAGAAGUGGAUUCAGUCAAAACCCUAAUCGAAGAGAUCACUCAUCUCAUGUUGAAUCUUCAAAACCUCAACGAAGAGACCAAAUCCACUCACAGCACCAAAAUCCUUCGUGGGUUGAGAGACAGAAUGGAAUCCGACAUCUUCGCGAUCUCGCGUAAGGCCAAUACAGUGAAAACACGGCUCGAGUCUCUCGACAAGAUCAACAUCUCGAACAGAGAAGUGUCUCGAGCGUUCAAGGAAGGAUCUUGCGUCGAUCGGACACGAACUUCCAUAACGAAUGGACUCAGAGUCAAACUCAGAGACAUGAUGAACGAUUUCCGCAGUCUGAGGGAGAGAAUCUUUGCCGAUUACAAAGAAGAUCUCAAAAGAAAGUACUUUCUAGCGACGGGCGAAGAACCAAGCAACGAGGCCAUAGACAGGAUGAUCUCAGGAUCUGGGUCGGUGAGAACAUUCGAAGUGAACCCGGAAAUGGAUCCGAAGACGAAAGAGAGGCACGAGGCGGUGAACGACAUAAAGAGGAGUUUGAACAGGCUUCAUCAGGUGAUCCUCGACAUGGCUGUUCUUGUGGAGACUCAAGGAGACAAGAUAGAUGACAUCGAAGCCAAUGUUGCAAAAGCAGGAAGCUUCAUGAGCGGUGGCACCAACAGCCUGUUUUACGCGAAUCAGAUGAUGAACAGGAAGAAGAAGAAGAUGUGGUUCAUCUGGAUAUGGGUUGUUGGUUUCUUCAUCCUUCUCGUCUGCUUCAUUUCGAUGCUAGCUUCUCGUUGAUUCAUUUCAAGUUUAAUUCCUUCUGAUUUGGUUUCGUUUCGCUGUUCUUUUGAAUGUUAUCUGAGACAGCAAUUUGAUCGGAUUCUUUCAGUUGAAACUUGUAUUAUCCCCAUCUAGAUCCAUUUAGUGAGAAAUUACAGUGAAUCAUCACUGAUGUUUCUUACUGGUUGUGUGUUGUGAAUGAUUACAAGAGAGAUGAGAUCAAGUAAA